AUGCCUGUGGCCGAUAUGCUGAUAAAUAGAGCGGCGGGGCAUACGAUACUUAGUUUCCUCGAUGCACACUCCGGGUGCAACCAAGUACCAAUCAGUAUGGAGGACGUAUCCAAGACAACUUUCAGAUGUCUCGGGCCGAUUGAGGCUUACGAAUGGGUCGUUAUGCCUUUCGGCUUGAAGAACGCGGGUGCGACCUACCAACGAGCGAUGAACAAAAUGUUCAGAGGACUGGAUUGCCUUGAAGUCUACAUUGACGAUGUGGUGGUGAAGUCGAAUACCGAGGAGGUUCAUUUGGCCGAUCUGAGAAAAGGAUUCGAGCGCAUACGGUCUAAUGGGUUAAAAAUGAACCCUCUCAAAUAUGCAUUCGGAGUGUCGGCUGGGAACUUCUUAGGUUUCUUGGUUCACCAGCGGGGAGUAGAGGUAGAUAAAAACAAAGCCAAGACAAUCAUUAAUGCUGAACCACCUAAAACCAAGAAGCAGCUUCAGAGACUGAUCGGUCAAAUAAAUUUCCUUAGACGAUUCACAGCGAACACAGCAGGCCGACUUCGCAGUUGGAGUGUUCUGCUACGAGAAAAAGAGACCGAUCACUGGAUAUGGACGGACGAGCAACAGAAGGAUAACGGGGUCGAAAGAGAGGUCUAUUAUCUGAGCCGUGGGUUGACCGAUACUGAGAUCCGCUAUACCGACAUAGAGAAAAUGUGUCUGUGUUUGUACUUCACGUGUUGCAAGCUACGAUAUUACAUGUUGCCGGUAGUGGUGUACGUACUAUCCCAAACCGAUAUCAUUAAGUAUAUUCUAUCAAAACCAUACUUAAGAAAUUGGAUUGGGAAGUGGGCGAUUGCUAUGUCCGAGUUCACAUUAGUGUACGUUCCCCAGCGAGCAGUAAAAGGACAAGUGUUGGCCGAUUUUCUUGCCGAUCAUCCUGGUAUCACCUUUAGGGAGGAAACAAUUAGUUGCUGCGACAUAGCCAUAUGUGAGAUGUGGUUCGAUGGGUCCAGGACUAUCCAGGGUGCAGGCGCCGGGGUGCACAUUGUCUCGCUCUUGGGGGCAUCUUACCAACUAUCGUUCAAACUCCAGUUUGAGUGUACCAACAAUCAAGCAGAAUACGAAGCUCUAAUAUUUGGUCUCGAAAUUUUGGCCGAGCUGGGGGCAAAGGAAAUCAACGUUAGAGGCGAUUCUUUGUUGGUCAUCAAACAAGUAAUUGGGGAAUUCAAGUGCGAGUCUGAACUAUUGGAUACAAGGAUAGAAUACACCGAGAGGGCCGAUAACGGUGUCGCGAAUGAUCUGGCUCAACACGGCAGUGGGUACAAGGUGAAUCUCCAGUUCGACACAAUCGAAAGAGAAACGCCGAAUCUCCAUACUGGGGGCAUCACCAUCGAUGAAAGGAAAUUUUCGGCCUACCAACUGGAUGUUACCCAAGAUUGGAGGACUGAAAUCUUGAAAUGGUUUGAGGAGCCAGACCAUACGAAUAGGAGGUUAAGGACCUUGGCCCUAAACUACGUCGUCUUAGCGGGCGAACUGUACAAAAAGGGUUUUGAAGGGUUACUCUUCAGAUGCAUCGGCCCAAAGGAAGCAAUGCUAGCAAUGGCCGAAGUACAUGAAUGGAUAGCGGGCGCCCACCAGGCAGGACCCAGGAUGAGAUGGUUAAUCCAUAAAUACGGUUUCUAUUGGCCGAAAAUGGAACAAGACUGCGUGAGAUAUGCCAAGGGGUGCGAAGCAUGCCAGAAAUGUGGCCCGAUACAGCAUGUCCCAGUCGAAGAACUCCAUUCCAUCAUUAAGCCAUGGCCAUUUAGAGGAUGGGCGGUCGACCUCAUAGGAAAAAUAUAUCCUGGCUCGUCAGAUGGUCAUAUUUUUGUCAUCAUCGCCACUUGCUAUUUCACCAAGUGGGUCGAAGCUAAGCCUCUAAAAUCUCCCACGCAAGAGGCUGUGAUCAACGAUAUAGUUUGGUGGGCGUCUCAGAUGAAGAUCAAAAUGCUGCACUCAACACCAUACUAUGCGCAAGCCAACGGACAGGUAGAGGCGACGAACAAAGCUAUUAAGCUUAUUGUUCAGAAGAUGAUUGAAGAAAACCCAAGAUAA